GUCCAUCACAUUAUCUAUAGGAUUUAGGGUCCAUUCUUCAGUAAGUCCUGGAGUACUGUGUGUGUCUGGAAUGGUGAGAUUCAGGGGGGAGUAGAGGGAUCUCCUGCACUCCCUCAUUUGACUGGUCUCAAGUAAAAAAUGUGUAGUUGUUGGCCAGGGAAGAGAACCAGGAACUGUGUGUGACAGAGGCUCAUGGUGGCUGCCUCUGAAAGGUCAAUGAAGAGUAAAGAGUUCCAGGGAGGGAGAAUGAUACAUGCAAAGGUUCUGAGGUGGUAAGCAUAGGCCUCUUAUUCAGAAGCUUUUGUUGGGUCCUCAUAUACAACAGGCUGCCUUAGGGCCAUGGGACAGUGGCUGCUCUAGAUGCUGGGCCAGGCAGGAAGUUCUGCUAGUAUCUGGGUUCAGCUUGAAUUUUCCACCUGAGGCCUCAGUGAGAAGACCCUUCUUUUGGGUCUGAGGUGAGUGACAGUUGGGAAGCCACUGCUGAAUGUUCUCAGUACCCUAAGUGUUGAGCAGGGCUGCAGCCUUGGGCAACACAAGGCACAUGAGGGACAAGAGGCACAUGUAUUUCCAUACUUCAGGCAUGGUGGAGGCAAGGAGGUGAACUUCUAGGAGAGGCCAGAGGCCUGGUGGCCCUCCUGGGCUGAGUUUUGUGGCCUGGAUCUUUGAGACUGAUUUGCAUCUAGCAUGAGGGAGUUGAGUUGAAGAAUGGUCAGGACUAAGGUGGCUUCUAGGUAGCAGGUGUCCCAGCCCUGGAUUGGGCACGCCUGCAUUAGGGGUUGGAGUUGCCUGGUUGUCAAAGUGUGGGUUUUAGCGUAGCUUCUCAGAACAGUUUAGAAAAAGUACAUGCUGCUGGGAUAGAAAAUGAUGGGUGGGAGUAAUCCAGUCACUGGGCAGUGCUCCCAGGUGUGUCCACAGGAAUACAGGGCCCAGUGUCUGUCCUCAUGACCCUGGGCUCUCUACAGGCUGGUUUAGACAUUCUGAGGCACAUACUGUCCUCUGGUAGAGUUGGAUAAGCUGUGGUGGGCCUGCUGUUGCCCUGUGGCCUGACACUCCUGGAUCCUUCAGGACUUGUGCCCCCUCUCCUAGUGUUUGGCAGUGGGCUGGACUCGCUUUGGAAAUGGCCCCUUUCAGAUCUGAGACACUGAUGGGGGCAGGUGCUGGGCAGUGAACCCAGUCUUGGGCUCAUGCCCAAAAAGGAGCUACAGAAACUCCACAAAACACAAGAGCCCGACUCUCAGGACUCCACCAGAGAUUGAUGUGGCAAAGAGGUGCUCCCUCAGGGUCCCAUAGCCUUCACAGUUAUAGACUGCAUGGCCUCGUGGUUGAGUCUGCUGCGAGUCUGAGGUCUGGCCAUCUGUCUCAUCAGGGCUAGGCUAGGAUCCCGGAGCCCUGGGAGAUUGGCAUUCCAGCCCACAAGAUUCUCUGAUCCCCAGUCUUCAUGAAAUGCCAGAGGGCAUUUUACAUUACCUAUUUUGGCCCAGCCACAAGCCAUGUCCUUGACCCAUCGAGCUUUUCUCAGACACCCAGGACAGUCGAGUGGGAAGGGCAGACACAAGGGUGGUAUGUGCUCAUGGCUCCUCUCCCACAACUUGCAGGAAGGAGCCAGCCUGCUGGUUUCUUAGGGCUGGUCUCACCUUUCUCUGAAGAGACCAGUGAAGCUGCCUGAUCCUCCUCCUGCCUGUUGAAGGCCCACAGUGUGUUUGUGCUGGGGCCUCAUAUUUCUGCUGGCCUGGUCCAUGUGUGCCGAGGACUGGGCUGAGCGGAAGCUUGCUCCCAGGGAUGAUGGCAGCCCUUCAUACCACUCCAGAUACCCCAGCUGCCCAGCUCGAGAGGGUGGAGGACAGGUCUGAAUGUAGUCCUGACCAGGAGGAGGAGGAGGAGAAGGGGAAAGACGUGGAAGACGUGGAAGAAGAGGAAGAGGAGAUAAUCGUGGAAGAGGCAGAGGAUGUGGAGGAGGUGGUGGAGAAGGCUGAGGUGCAGGAGAUGGCAGAGGUGGAGGCAGAGUUUGAGAACGAUGAUGAUGAUGAUGAUGACGACGAUGAUGAUGACGACAUGGAGGAAGUGCUGGUUGAAGAGCAGAGUUCGGAAUUGGGGACCCAGGAACAGCUGAGCCAUGGUGGUGAUGCCAAGUCCCCGGUUCUGGGAAAGGUCCUGCAGAUGUGCCAAAUUCCAGUCACCACUCAGGAUGAGGAUCUGGUAGAAGAAGAGGAAGAUGAAGAUGAGGAGGAUUUCUUGACAGCUGGUUCUCAGGGGCUGGUGACCUUUGAAGAUGUAGCUGUGUACUUCUCCCUGGAAGAGUGGGAGAGGCUGGACUCAGACCAGCGGGGCCUCUACCAGGAAGUGAUGCAAGAGAACUAUGGAAUCCUGGUGUCCUUGGGUUACCCAGUCCCGAAGCCAGACUUGAUCUUUCGCCUGGAACAAGGGGAAGAGCCUUGGGUCCCAGAUAGCCCCCAUCCUGAGGAGGGAGACAUUGUCACUGGUGUCUACACAGGAGCUUGGUACUGGACGGAUGACAUGGAGGACCACGAGGAAGAAGAUGAUGAGGACUUCCUGGCAGAGAUGGCUGAGGAAGAGAAUGAACCCCCGGGGCUGUGGUCAGCGGCCUAUGGCGUGGGAGACGUGCCAGGGACAUGGGGCCCUGACGACUCGGAUUCUAUGCAGACUCCAGAGGGCUGGGGAUCUGACUCUGGCAACCUCGGGGUCCUGGCCGAGGAGUCUGAGGCAAAGUCCUUUCUGCCCGCCCAGGAGCCGGAUUCAAACCAGCAGGCACCCUGGGCCUACCCCACCGAGGAGGCUGCGCCGGCUGGGCGGCCUGAGACCACGUGUGAUGUGUGCGGCAAAGUGUUCCCGCACCGGUCGCGGCUGGCUAAGCACCAGCGCUACCACGCGGCCGUCAAGCCCUUCGGCUGUGAAGAGUGUGGCAAGGGCUUCGUGUACCGCUCGCACCUGGCCAUCCACCAGCGCACGCACACUGGUGAGAAGCCCUUCCCGUGCCCCGACUGUGGCAAGCGCUUCGUUUACAAGUCACACCUGGUCACACACCGGCGCAUCCACACGGGUGAGCGGCCCUACCGCUGCGCCUUCUGCGGUGCGGGUUUCGGGCGCCGCUCCUACCUGGUCACACACCAGCGCACGCACACAGGCGAGCGGCCCUACCCGUGCGCACACUGCGGCCUGCGAACGGGACCCGAGGAGCCGGAGAUCGCACCUGAACGCCCUGAAGAGCCGGAGGCGGGAGAGCCGGACGGAGACCCCGAGGCGGAACUGAGCGAGGAGGCAGCAGCUGUAGAGGCGCCCGCCCCUGAGAGCAAGAAGGACCCUGAGCCGAGCAGACGGUUCCUGGAGAUGGGCAACGGUUUGGGAGACGGCGAAGGACCUUCCUCGCACCCGCUCGGCUUUCAUUUUCCUGUGCACCCCAAGUCCUGGCUACACCCGGACGGCUUCCCGAUCUUGGGCCUUCCCGACUUCGGAGAGCGGGUGCCGGCCGACGGGCGCGCCCUUCCGGGACCUGUCUUCUGGGAUGUGAGCUUCCAAAAGGGCCAAAGGCUGGGACAGCUGGGUGGCUUUAGGCAUCUUGGCAUUGCCUUCUAUGGCCCAUGGCUGGCAGCAUUCAUUCCUGUUGCCCUGAGCCUCAGCUGCUUCUGCCCCAUCCUACACCCAUCAACAGAAGGAUCUAGCUUUAAUAAAGAUUGGGAAAAUGAGCUUUCCAACUGGACUCUGUGCUCUUUCCUCUUCUUGGUGACCAGCAGCAGGGAGGCUCUGAAAGGCCUUAGGCCCAUCUUGUUUGAGUAA